AUGCAAACACUCGUUGGUCAAUACCAGCAAGUUGUAUGGUCGUGGCGUCAGCUUCCACGAAUGACGUCCGUGCUGGACGUGGAGCAGCGCAGUCACGAAAUGCUUGUUAUGUGGACUGCAUUUUGCCUCGUUCAUCAGAGAUGCGUGGGUGAGUUUACAUUAUGCGCGCAGUACAACAUCGCUCUGAAUUGGAAAGAUCUACGAGUGGCUGUACUCAAUAAUCGAGCAGCCAUUUCUGCUCUUCGAUGUGUCGCACGAUACAUUCGCAGGUGGAAUGUUACUACUAUGCGACCUCCGCUAUUUCACUUGAGUAACCAAGCACCAACAUUUGACUUUGGCAGGAGGUUCGGUUUGAGUAGUACCAGCAUGCUUACCGUGUACAAUCGCGAAGUUGAGACAUGGGAAUCUUACGAAGUGAAACAGUGGGAGAAGAUUGAAAAGAAGAAGAGUGACGUUAUAAAAUAUCGAAGAGAGAUUGCAGAUUUAAACGAGAAUCUAGCGUUAAAACAGGCCUCGCUCACAACUGAGAGGUCCCGUUUACAGACAAGUUACGACUCGGAUGGAGAUAGACGAUACACCAGUCGUCUCAUGCGGCGUUUGAAUUCCGAGAUCGAUUACAUUUGCUCCACUAUCAAGAAAACCAAUGCAAAUUUGGAAGCAGCUCUUUUGGCCCCUCCAUAUCUGGUACGCCCACUUCCGCCCUCGCGGGACGACGCGAUUCAAGUGAUCUUUAUGCUGACCAUGCCGCGCCAUCUUGAAAUUAUGGGUAGCUUGUGCUUGACUGCUCAACGGUCCCUUGCUCCUUCCACUGUGACGUCUGAAAUGACAACUUUGCCGAAGCAAAACUCCACCACAUGGCAACAAUUCUACUACGAACGUGCACAAAAACGGAUGAUGACUGUGACCAGUGUGGUGUUCACAGCGAGUCCGAGUCCGUUCACGCUUCCAAGGACAUGGGGACCUACCAGUGUGGACGAUUUGUACAACCUCGCACAGUACAGAAUAGUCUGUGUAUGGAAUCCUACCUUAGGUGGCACAGUUCUAUCUUGGAGUGACGCGUUCGGUGCCAAAGUUGACCCUUUUGCUGCCACUGCAUCGAGCAUUAUCGAUAGCUAUAUCGAGAAGAUGCCGCAGUCACUCAGGCAUUUUCAGUGGAUGAAUGCUUGGCCUGGUAUGGAACAUACUCGAGGAAACAUGGUAUACGCCAAGUUUAAUCGCCAACCCAAGAAUUCUGAUAAGAUGUCGUAUAUUGCGCUCGGUUCAUUGCGCGCGUUUCCUAAUCAGCAGUAUCGAAAACUGCAGUGGGCUUUACUUGAUGAUGUUUUGCCGUGGUCGAACUGCUGCGCGGCGAUCAUCGUGCGGCAGUCAAUUUACCAAGUAGGUGCGCUUACUGACGAAUUGCUCCCUCGGCUGCUUUGGAAGUCUGACAUGUUCGAUGGACACAACGGCCUGACCACGUUCUGCGCGACGCUAAUGAACAUUGCACGGAAGUUGAAACAGACUCCUCGCGACUUUGAAUCUGUCCCGCUUCUGAGUGAGCUGGCAGGGUUUGCAGCGCAGUUUACGGAUGAGGCAAGAGGAAUUGUAAAAAUGUUUGCUGGAAUGGCGAGAAUCUGGGCGGAAAACGCCUGUUCAGAAUGCAGAGAGAAAUCGGCACCCAGCCGUAUGGCUGAGAUUCGUCAAAAAGAGUGUGUGCUGUAUGGUAUUGCACUGCUAGCCCGCAGCCUUGGACCGUGGGACAACGCAUCAGCUCAAGCAGUGUGCGAAAUAAUUGUGCUUUUCCGCACGUCAUUUCUUUGUGCCAGCAUUGAUCUGGAGUGUACUGAGCAGAUGCGUCGUACAGAGAAUAUGAUUGCAGAAGUAAUGUCUCGCAGAAUAUUUGAGAUUGUGGCUUACGUAAAAGCUCAUGGUAUUGACCAUGCGCUUACCGACUUAGUGCGUUUGGUAAGCGCGACGGCCCCUGGACGAUUGGAAUGGAAGGAGUUUUGUGAGCUCUCGCUUGCGAAGGGGCAAUUUGGCAGCUGCUUCGAAGCAACUGAUGGGGAGACAAAUGUGCAUUAUUCAAUCAACCUUUUCACGGGUCUCGUUCUAACCGAUGGUCACGCUCCUGGAGGUCUUCCAUCCGACAUUCGUCAGCACGAGAGCUUCCGGACUUUGUUCGGCCACUGCAAUUUCAAAGUCCUCACUUCGAAUGGCGUGUUUCGAAGCGAGCGGAAGUAUCAUGAUCGUUUAUACGACUUCGCACUCGAAGAUGGAGAGUUGCAUGUUCAAGAGCUGACAUCUGAUACUUCGGGUGACAUUAUCAUGACGCUACAGUUGUGUUCCAGUAGUUGGGUGAAAACUCUGACCAAUCAGUUUCCAGCUCGUUUGCAGAGUCUGUAUUCGCACUGGUAUUGGGCGGAAAAGCACUGUGUUCUCUUUUGUCCGAAAGAGGCAAAGUGUCGAGACGUGUUAUUCAUUGCCAAAGUUGACGAAGAUGGUUUAAUGCAAUGCUAUAGAGUACCGGUCAGCGACACGACGCGGCCUUAUGGCGAACUGAUGGAAAAUCUCGAUGUGUACGACCGUUUUCUCCGCAAAGAGAAAUUGCUUCUCACCGUGUUUGACGUGCUGGUGAAGUUCGAAGAAGCACGGUUUCUUCAUCCGCUAAAAUCACCUGAUGGAGUAGUACGCAUUGAGCUGCCUCGAUUCAAGCUGUCAUUCUAUCUGAAUGGCAUCUCGCAGUUUGAAUCGGUGGAGCACAAAGGCUAUAUUCUAGCGACAAAUCAGCAGUUUGACGAUUUUCUGCCAAGGUUUCAGCGAUACUUGGUGUUAAUGUUGAAAGACAGCUCCGACACAUCUCGACCAGAACUUCGCUUGCUACUUCCGGUAGGUGUUGUGAAGGAAGCAGCUGAUGGCGUGGUCGAUAUCACAAUUUGUGGCGAGGCAAGUAGGGUUAUGGACGUGGCAUGCUACGACAUCCACCGCCGAUUGAAGACAUUUGAGACCGAGACCAUUUAUGCAAGACUACAGUUUGCUGCUAUCUGUGCCCGAGCUGGAACGGACGUGCCGAGCAAGCGAUUGGGUAUGACCGGAUCAGAGGCAGCGAUACAAAUUUUACGAGCAUGCAGGUCGAGUCGACCAUUUUCGGGCGCGGAAAACGAAGCUUUAUUGUCGAUAUACAGGUUGAGCUACCGUGAGCCAGCGGUAAAGAUCUUGGUUUUGGCGUUACGCACAGACGCUAACCGCCUCGCGUUUCUCUUCGGGCAAACGCAUACAAUCGCUCCGGCGAUGGAAAGUACCGAUGAGAAAACGGAGUAUGCGAACAUGUGUUCGAACCAAGUCCAGCGUAAUCCUUUGCGAUCGCAAUUGCGAAGCAAUGAAGAGGGGCGCAUUCUUGGUCAUGUGCAACACUCGUCGGUAUCUUUUUCAGUAGAAGAAGCAAUCACGUGUGACUCAUCCUCAGUAGCUGACGACUACGUUAGGUCUAUCGAAAAACGCCUUGGACUUUUUCUUCGGAAGGACACUAGCAAAGUGAAACAUAUUCCAACAUUUCCACUGGAUUGCAAUUCCGCAAACGCCAUGGGCACAGGGAUGUUGGAUGAAUUGAAAUCGAGCUGGGAUAGCUACCACUCGCAAAGCGAAGCACGGCUGAAGGCUGAGCCAGCUGUGUUACUUGACGCAUUUGAGACGGUUCUGCAAGAAGUAUCAUCUCAUCGUAUCGAGAUGGAAACUUGUGUACGGGACUGCGUUACGAAAGCGAGAAGCAGCACCUAUGACCGCCUUUUGAGGCUUGCAAACUUCUUGCCGUUGCUUACUGUAAGUGAUAUUGUCCGCUGUGGGUUUGAUGGAGCUACUCUGCACACACUGGCGCCGAAGUUGAGUGAAACAUCGAGAGAACUGGUAACGAAAGAUGUAUUCAAUUACAUGGAAUUAUGCGUACUCGAAGAUAAGGUGAAGAGGCUUAUCUGGAUGGCGAGGCGUAGUGGUGAGGUCUCGAACAUCAUCAUGAUUGAUGAGCUAAUGAACACGCGCCAGUGGCGGUCGGCGGAACAUCCAUACUGGUUGGCGUUCGAAGUGGAAGGUAGACUCCAGAUUCGACAUGAGCAAUUUGUGAUCGCUCGCCACCUCAUCGAUCGCCCAGGGACAGUUUGCCAGCUCAACAUGGGGCGUGGUAAGACCCGAGUGAUCCUACCCAUGCUUUUUCUGUAUUUCGCUCAAAAUCGCUCUUCACGUGUCAUCCGUGCCCAUUUCCUAAGUCCAUUGCUGAGCGAAGCUCGGCAAUUCAUGCAUCGGUAUUUGUCGGCAACUGGCGCUUGCCUAGACGUGUUUGAACAGCCGUUCCACCGAAAGGUUGACCUGGAUCUGCGUAGGCUUGAGUUUGUCCGUGACACACUUGCAGAAUUAAAGCGUUCGGGUGGUAUUCAAGUGGUAGCUCCGGAACAUCGCAUGUCACUUGAGCUCAAACGCCUGGAAUUGGGUAAUGAUGGUCCUGCGGUGGAGGUACUCGAUGCAAUCCUUGAUAGUAACCAAUUUGUCGAUGUUCUUGAUGAGUGUGAUGCAAUACUCCAUCACAAGUAUCAUUUGGUGUAUGCGGUCGGUACACCGAUUCCUCUUGGUAGUGGAAUAGAACGGUGGACGGUCACAGAAGCUGUACUGCGAGUUGUGGCGAACCAAACAGCCAGUUCUCGCGUCCGUAAGGUGCUACAAGCUGCACAUGUUUCCUGCUUUUCCCCAGACUACGUCACCCGCUUGGGUUCAUACGACGGUACUCGGCUGAACACUCUUGUGGAAAGCACGAAACUCAUGCGCCAUAAACUCAAAGAGGCCUUAGUGCUGGAUCUCAUCGACGAAGCUCCAUUUGAACUGAUGUGGCUAAAUACUUUUGGUGGCAAUGCUGCACGACCACCAAUUGUCACGGCUAUUACUGAUUCGACCGUAAGUCUACAGGAAGCUCUUGGCGACGGCUUGGCAAAAAUUACGCCUUUCGUAGCUCAAUUACUGGCGAUGAGAGGACUCGUGGCAUUCGGAGUGCUCGAGCAUUGCUUGGAGAAACGCUAUCGAGUCGACUUUGGACUUCCAGUUUGUGGUACACGGCAAAAAAAGGUUGCCAUUCCGUUUCGUGCUGCGGAUGUUCCAUCGGAACGGUCAGAAUUCAGCCACCCUGACGUUUGUAUCGUGCUCACUCUGCUUGGAUAUUACCACGGCGGCCUGACAAAGGAGGAGGUCCGAGAUGCGUUCAAGGUGCUGUUGCGCUUGGACAUCUCGGAGCAAGAGCAUCAGUACGAUCGAUGGUUUGUCAGCGUCGAGCCGGGAUUGACUGACACUGAUCGGAUGGCUCUGUGCAACGUGCGCCAUAUUAGUCUUGCCGACAGCCGACAAUUCGAGACGUUGUGUCGAGUCUACAAGUACUGCAUGGAGGCGAUAAAUUUCUAUUUGAACACAUGUGUGUUUCCCAACGAUACGCAGCAGUAUCCGCAACGAUUGUCCCGAACAGCGUGGAAUCUUGCAGCAGGAGACAGUACGAUCGGAUUCUCCGGCACGAACGAUAAUCACCGUUUGCUCCCACUUUCGGUGGCGCAACGAGAGCCAAAUGAGCCGUCAUUGCUGGGCACGAACGGAAAGAUGAUCGACACGAUCAUGCGGGUGACACACAGUUACGAGGUGAUCAAUCCCAGUCCGAGACGCGGACUAAUACCAUGGCAGAGUGUGCUUUUAUUCGCCAUCGACAAGACAGCACAAGCUCUUAUCGAUACUGGCGCGCUUCUUGCAGGCGUUGUAAACAGUGAUGCAGCAAAAUUUCUUCUGGAACAACCUGACUUUGCGUUUGCUGGCGUAACAUUCUAUGACAGCAGGAAAGAGCACAACUGCUGGAUGAUCGCUGAGAAGACUCGACAAAUCGUCAUGCCAUUGGAGCAAGCGCCGAUGCAUGAGAAGGAAACGUUUGUCAUUUUUGACGAAGCGCGCUCGCGAGGGUCGGAUCGAAAACUAAGUCACAACGCUUCCGCAUUAAUAACUUUGGGGCCGAAACUUGCAAAAGAUAAACUGAUGCAAGGUGCAGGACGAAUGAGGCAACUUGGAUGCAAUCAGACGCUGUGGAUCGCUAGUUUUGAUGAAGUCGCGCAGAGCGUCCUUCAAACGAGUGGAAAACGAGCACUUUCACGUGUGUCUGUAAUCGAUGUGCUGAAUUGGGUGAUGGACAACACGAAAGCGGAGGCAGUGCGUGGAUUGCUUGACUGGGCAGGAAAUGGUAUCCAUUUUCGGAAGACGCAGCUAAACCCGAACAAAGAGUUGGUUGAUGAGAACUGGUCGUUGGAGACGAUGUACCAAGAAAAGCUACAUGUGGAUAAAAUUGCGAAGAUCAUUGACUCGAAGGCGCACCUCGAUUCCAAGCUCUCUGCGGAUGCGGUGGUCGACGAAAUUUGUUGCAGGGGAUUUGUGUACGGACUCGACGAUGAAGUGUGUGUGACUUCACACACCGACGAGUGCGAACGAGAGCUCCAGAUCGAGGAAGAGAUAAUUCAGGAGCGAGAAGUUGAAGUGAUGAAGUGCGUUCCGGUCGAGGAGAAGGUUUGGAAGUACGAGAAGAUUUUGUGUGCCAGGUCAGUGAAAGACCUUAACGGAGUUGUGCAGGUGGUGGAGAUGACAGAUUUUAUCCGUCAAUCGGUCAUACCGAAGGAGAUGGCGAGUCUGGCUUGGUCGAGUUCGCGGAUCUUUGGCACUGUGAACUUUUUUACAACAAUCGGAACGUGUAACACACAGACGAGCGUGAAGCAAAUGAACGCAUUUCUGCGGAUGAUUGAUGUCGUACUGGUGUUUCGAAACGGUCAAGUUCUCUUGUUGUCUGAGUGUGAAGCUGAUCACAUACUUGAGCUGCUCUGGUCUGCCCGUGGAAGAAAGCACUGUGACUUCAGGUUUAUCAAUCUCGCUUUUGCACGCGAAAGCCUUGCUCGUGGCGGGACAAUCACCAAGUUCCGUGAUGUUCACCUGGCACUUGGACAGCAACUGGACCAAGAACUACCGCUACUGUCGACGAUUGCUUGUCACGUGUUCAAUGGCGAAACGAUGAUGGCAAAGGAACAGCGAGCGAAAGUGGAGCAAGCAUUCCGCGACCUGCUUCGUCCACUGGCGCAGCGAGAAACGACGCUGAGCAAUUUCGUGACGUCGCGAGGUAAUAGCCACAAGUGGAUGCGUUCGUUUCUGCACGAACUUUGCCGCCGGAUGGAUCUCGAGUAUUGCACCCAAGGAUGA